AUGCCCUCUCCUGAAACCGAGCGCGACUGUCAAUUGAUUGGUAAGAAGUAUACCAUCUACCAAUAUAGAUUUAAUUCCUCCAGAACGUUGUUCUAAACACCGGAGGGCGGAAGACGAGAAAUAUAAUGCGUAGCCAAAUCCUCACAGGCAGCCCAGAUGCGUCUCCGAUUGGCAAGGCCCAACAUCCAGUGCUUCAACUCGAACUUUGGUGUGGUUACCCUAUCAGCCCAGCGCAACAUGCCCUUCACAUCUCGUCCUUUGGUAAGACCCUCCUGUAUGAAUCCGUGCAACUCGUAGAACCAUGGCAUCUCCCGCUGGAUAAUAUUUCCCCAGAAGACAUAAUCCUUGCUGAGAAGCAUGUGAGCUGCACCAGACGCCUUCAGCAAGUUGAACAGUGA